GAGCGCGCGACUCAGGCCCCGAAAAAAGGCAAAAAUUAUAGAAAAAUUGUGAAAAAAUAUUAAAACAUCCGAUCCAGAGGAGAAAGCCUGGAAAAGGUGUCGUGGGAUCUCCUGCGAACAAUCAAAAUGAGCAGUACCAAUAUCUCCUGGACGCCACCCAUGUCAUUUGGGACUGGGUGAAAGAAAGGGAGAGUGCGCUAUUUUUCUGGAAGUUCUGAACCUCAAGAAGGAUUUUUCAAAGGAGAGACUGCAUAAUCCCGAGAACCCACCCCUUUAAACUCCACCCCCAGGCAGGAUCCAAACAGAGCCUGGAAGGUAGGACAGUCACGGCCGGGGUUCAAUGGCAACGGCACCAUAGUGCUGCCAUGGCAGCAGCUGCCACCGAUGCCCCACACCACAUAACCACACUGACGCCGGAGGACGAGGACCGACGAGCUGCCCCCAAACUGUUUGGAGGUCCAGCUCAAGCGAGGACGGACAGUGAGAAAGAGAAGGAGACAGAGAAGGAGGAAAGCGGCAACGAGUGUUUGGUGUGUGGCACCCUCUUCAGCUCACAGGAUAAGCUUCAAAUCCACACAUUCAGUCACACAGGGGAGAAACCUUUCCACUGUUCCCAGCCCCACUGCCACAAGGCCUUCAGCUCCAAGUAUAAGCUCUACAGGCAUAUGGCCACACACUCCCCACAGAAGACCCACCAGUGCUCAUUCUGUGAAAAGAUGUUCCACCGGAAAGAUCAUCUGAAAAAUCACCUGCAGACCCAUGACCCCAACAAAGAAGCUUUUAAGUGUGAGGAGUGUGGCAAGCACUAUAACACAAAGCUAGGCUACAAGCGCCAUGUGGCCAUGCACUCUGCCACAGCAGGAGACCUGACCUGCAAGGUAUGCUUGCAGAGCUACGAGAGCACUCCUGCCCUCUUGGAUCACCUCAAGAGCCAUUCUGGCAAGUCUUCAGGUGGCACCAAGGAGAAGAAACACCCAUGCGAUCACUGUGAUCGCCGCUUCUACACCCGCAAGGAUGUCCGUCGACACAUGGUAGUGCACACGGGUCGCAAAGAUUUUCUGUGCCAGUACUGUGCCCAGCGCUUUGGAAGAAAGGACCACCUCACACGACAUGUGAAGAAGAGCCAUUCACAGGAGCUGCUGAAGAUCAAGACAGAGCCUCCAGAUAUGCUGGCUCUGCUUGGCUCUGGCUCGCCAACUUGUGCUGUGAAGGAAGAGCUCAGUCCUAUGAUGUGUAGCAUGGGCCCCAACAAGGACUCCAUGAUGACCAAACCUUUCCGCAGUGGCACACCUUUUUCUAUGGGCAUGUACAACCCACACCACCUCCAGGCCAUGUCCAGCCCAGGAAUGGGCCACCAUCACUCCUUGGUUCCUGGGUCACUGUCUGCUGCUAUGGGUAUGGGUUGCUCCAUGGAGCCUCCUUCAGCCUUGCACCACCAUCAUCCACAUCACCACCACCACCACCACCCACACCAUCCUUCCCCUCCACCUCCACCACACCAACAACAGACUCCACUGCAACCCCAACCCCAGCAGCAGCAUUCCCAACCUCCCAAGUACCAGCUCGGAUCUACCUCAUACUUGCUGGAUAAGCCCCUAAAGGUGGAGAUGGAGAGUUACUUGAUGGAUCUGCAGAGUGGCUUGCCAGUCCCACCCCCACCUUCGGCUGAUCCCCAUUCAGCUGCCUCACCUAAUAAAGAUGGUCUGGAGCCACCACCCAGUUUAACGGAUGAGCUGUGUGGGGAUCCACUCCUAUCUAAAAGCCCUGCCGUCAUUGCUGAAUCUCUGUGUGCUGCUAACAUGGACUUCUCCCAUUUACUGGGCUUCUUUCCGCUAAACCUGCCUCCCUAUAGCACCCCCAUGAGUUCGGGAGGCCUGGUGAUGGGUUACUCCACCUCCACUGCCUCUUCUUCCUCAUCGUCAGCGUCUUCGCAUGCUGCCGACUCUCAUGCUGCCACAGCAACAGCCUCAGUGCCUCUUACCUCUUUGCAACCUCAACCUCAGGAGCAAUCAGGCUCCAGUGGAGGUCUUGGUCUUGGGCCCCUACACCCACUCCCACCAGUGUUUAGCUCCAGCCUUAGUACGACCACCUUGCCUCGCUUCCAUCAAGCCUUUCAAUGAGGCUCCCACCCCACCCUGGCCUGUCACAGGCUGAGACAACUGAGGUGGCCCAGGGAAGAGGGGCUUUAGGGCUCCCUCUAGGGGUGGGAGAAUGAAACACUUGAACACAUAGAAGCCUUAACUGAAGCGCACAAAUGCUUUCAAAUGAGCCUGGAGAAAACCAUUUAUUUUCAAAAAGGAAGUAAAACAUGGGGGGGGGAUAAGAAUACCGUGGAGCUUUUAUUUAGGCUUUUCCAUCUAUAUUUUAGUUAAAACCUUUCCUUCAACCCUUGUCUCACCAAUUCCUAGUUAGGAGGCAGCAUCAGCAGGCCUUUAAGGCAUGGUACCGCAUACUUUAUAAAGUAAUAAUAUGAUUUGGAGAAAGGCAAAGGAUAGUGUAUAAAAAAAUGUCUUAAAUGUUUUUUAAGUCUCUGAAAGAAUAGUUUGAAGUUAAGCUUUUUUUUUUUGCUUUUACAAAUAUGAGACUUAACUUAUAUUGUCUCUAUUCUAUUAAAAAGUCAGGUAUCACUUAUUCGCCCUUAAACUAAAACUUCUUUGGCAGCCAGGAGAGAAAAAUUAGUGGAAGAAUGAAGUUGUGGGGUUGCAUAAAAAAAAAUAUCUCUCCUCUUUCACAGCCAAAAAGCAAAUUCAUUAUAAAAUUAUAUUAAAAACGUCCCUGUAAAAAAUGUAUUAGUCCCAGUUGUUUAGAUCUUCCACCCCCAGUAUAUGACAUACUUUAACAUUUAUACAACACACUUUUGUAUAAACAAGUUGCCCCAUAUAAAUGCACACUGCUCUUCUGAAAGGUAUUUAUUGAAAUACAGAGAUUGUGUGCAAGAGUUACUCGUAUAGAAGCAACAUAAGGGAUACAAUAAAAGGAAGAAGGCAAGAAAGGCAGCAAAAAAACAACAAAAAACUGCACAAUUUUACAAUCCUGCUUUUAUACACUGUGACCAUUCAGCUCCAAGGACAGAUAAAAGGAUAAUGUAAAAACCGUACAGGUUUAUGUUAGUCAAAGGAAGCACUUUGUUUACAGCAGAAGGCACUUGACCUUUCUGGGUUCCCAUGGUGACCAGCUGACCCUCAGUUCCCUACUUCCUGACCCAAUGUACCUUUUUCUUCCCCGCCAAGCUUCUUUCACACAACCACGUCAAGUAUAUUUAAAAUAUUCUCAAGUAUUUAAAUCAUGAAAGCGCUUCAUUUGGUUUCCUUCUUCCUUCCAGCACUAAUUUUAAUAUCUCCAUGGCAAAAGUUUUAUUACCUCCAGUUCCUGCCCACCUCAUUCUAAUAUGUAUGUUAGAAAACACAAAGACUUCAGGCAGGCUAAUAGAGUUAAUAGUUAACUGGUAAUAAUCACCCUGACAUAUGUGAAUAGAAACGAAAUGACAAGAUAGGGAAAAUAUCUACAAGAGUAUUUUUGCAGUGUACGAAAUACCACAUCGAAAAGAAAAUAUAUAAUUGCUUUUAUUUUAGUAAAAUGUACUUUAGAUAGACGUAUUAAAAAUUGCUGAUGGAAUUUUUACAAAAAAAAAAACAAAAACAAAAAAAUAAGUCAGGUUUACAUAAGUAUGUAUGUAACCUUGGUCAAAAAAUGGAUGAAGUAAUUGCUUUUCAUUAUAGUCUUCCCUGUACUAUUUUAUUUGUUCUUUUUUUUUUUUUUUGGUAUAUGGGUCAAAGGAUUAUAUUUUGACCCAGGUGUAAUAGACUAUAAGUAGAAUAAUCAAGUAGAAUGAACUACUCUUUAAUCUUUAGUGUUAUGUAGAGAGGCCCGUAAUGUGACCCAAGUUUGAUCAGAAUUAUUCUCUUUCAGUAUUGGAACAGACCCGACAGAUGUCUUUAGUGUGGCUCGCAUCCUGUGGUCCCAAGACUAUUAUACUUAUCAAUUUAUUGCCCAGGAGAGCAUAGCAAAAUCCUAAAUCAAAUUAAUCAGCGCACUACAAAAUGAUGUGCUAAUAAUUUUGUCAAAAAAAAACCAAAACCCAAUAUAUUUAACAGGUUAUUCAAUGAAAUCGAGUCGUACAUGAGCUGAUAGCUGACAUUCACUGGAUUUUGAGAAACGGAGCAUUUUAUUUUUUGCAAAUUCACUAAACGCUUUAUACAAAACGUCCUACAAAAUCAUUUCUGCUUCGAAUUGGCGGUGGCUGUCCAUCACUAACGAUGAUGACCGCUUCAUUAGGAUGCGCAGAAACGUAGAUGGGCCGCGAGACCCGUACCAGAGCGACAGAGUCGUCUGCAGCGGUGGCAUCAACAGCCUAGUUGAGCUGCUAUGGAAUGUCUGGUUUUGUGAGCUCUCAUAUUCUCCCCUUGACGCUUGUUUUCAGGUGCAGACACUGAGCUUUUAACUAUGCUUCGCCAUGUUGCUCUAUCCGAGGCAUCCCUUUCCCACGUCUGAUCGAUAAUUCCGGCAUUCUUCAUGUUCCUCUUCAAGACGUCUUUGUACCUCAGUUUCUGUCCUCCUCGUCUCAGUCCUUCGUAAAAAAAAAAAAAAAAUAGCUUUGGGAAGUCGCGUGUCAGUCAUGCGCCAGAUGUGUCCAGCCCAACGAAGUUGGGAGGCUGUGAUAGUGCCUUGCACAGUAAGGUAAGACAAACGAUGUCAUGCCCCCCCAUCGUGUUGUCUCUCUGGACCUCCAGACCUGAUGCCAAGUGGUGCACAAAAAGUGCCACAGAUCUGACGGGUAUGGAAGUUGCCCCGCAGUGACAACUGACUUGCUGAGUGAUGCCAUCUGUUGGCCAUUUGAAUGGCUUUUCCACAUGCCAUCUGGUGGUGUGCCAUUGACCCUUUUGGGUUCAUCUGCCACAUUGCACCGAAAAGCGCCCUGCUGCCAGCGCCUUAUUGGUGAUGUACUAUUUAACCCAUAGCUGGAACCCAAGCAGGGUCAGAGCGGACCUGGGGUGCAACGAUAUUUAAGGGGCAACUCCACUUUCCCCCAAUACUCAAGUUCUCCUGGACCGGAGACUCACCACCGGUUGCAGUUUAAAGUCAUACCCAAAACUAAUCCGCUUAGAAUGUAAUGUAAACAAACUGGCGAAAUGACAGUCGCAAUUUGUGAAAAAUGCUAUAAUAAUUCUUGGGAAAAAAAAAUAGGUUUACCAUCAGAUAUUUUCAUUCCAUGGUUUUUUUUUUUGUAUUUUUGGGGUUUUGUUUUCGUGCAGAGUUUUUAUUUCAUCCUCGGCUGGUUCAGCAACACGCUGCGCCAUUUUGUUUUUCUCUACUCACGGUAUACGAACUGACAUCCUAAGUAGAGUAGCCAAUCAGAGCGCGCGAUUGCUCACAUCCAGUGAAUGCGUGUAAAACAAAAACCGAUGUGUUCGAAAGAGCGGCAAACGGAUUCCUAUAAAACGCUGCUGAUGAAGGUGCCGUUUUCUCCACCGAGGUAGUGCAGAAAUCCACCUUAAAUAAAAGCCCGUGACAAAUGAUCAGACUAUAAAUGAAUAGACUUUGCCCAUUCCUAGCCUUCUAGUAAAUGCGAAGGUCAAGUUGAAAGAAUGAAAUUGCUCAAACGCGAGGCCACACCACAAAAUGAAUCUGAGAAAGUUAUGAUGCUGCUUUAGCGCUAUGGUUGGCAACAGUCAUAGACCACUUCUGCAGAAAUCCUCCUGCAGAGCUCUUUAAACUGAAUACGUGAACUGUCUGUCCAUUUCUGUUCUCCUUUAACAGCUGCUUCUUCAAUUCAAAUGAACAUUUUUAUCAAAGGGUCUGAAGAAAGACAAAAUACCCAGAACAAAUAAGUCACCAGACUGGUCUUUGACAUUCAAAGCAUGGGACAGUUGAUUGGGAUAUUGCCUAGUCGUUUGUUGUCAUAUAUAUAUAUAUAUAUAUAUAUAUAUAUAUAUUCUGUUUGUUGAAACAGGACCUCAAAACAACACAACACAUCACCUCAUUUAACUUUAUUAUACUUUUUUUUUCAUACCAAAAACCUGGGGAGAAGAAACAUCGUUUUUUGCACAAUUGCUAAAUAAAAAGCUAAUAUUGAGAUUUUAUUUUUUAUUUUUGCAUAUACUGUGAGCUGUAAGAGCGAUCGCUACGACUGGAAGGUUUUGACUGAAAAGAAGAAGAAGAAAGCCAAAUAUGCAUUUGAAUUCCCCCCCCGCCCCGCCCUUACAUUCCUGCAUUUACAAUUGGAUAGUGUGAAAUCUUGUUUCAAAUUUUAAAAAGACAACUUUGUGUUUGGAUUGCAUCAGCAAAAAGAGUUUUUUUUGUUAUUUUUUAAAGCAUUUAUUCCCCUUUCUAUCACUUUAUUGGUGAUUGGUGAACGGAGGAAAAAAAAAAUAUAUUUGACAAGCACUUUGAAAUAUAAAAAGUUUUUUUUUUUAAACAUUUAAAUGUCCUAAAAGUCACAUUAAUGUGUAGGAAAAAUGACCGUUAACAAUCCUAAACAGGUCUAAAACUGCAUAGGCAGUAUAAGUCGUAAAGCUAAGCAAAGCUAUGCAUUUUUCUUAAGAAAGAAAGAAGUGUGAUUUUAAGAAAACAUGAGAAAAAUAUUCACCAACAAGCUAUUGGCAACUUCUGAGUUUGUCCUCCCCGGGUUUUCUGUGAGCUGAUCUGAAUUCUAGCACUUUUAAACCUUUGAAGAGAGUAUUUUUUUUUUCCUUGAAAUAUCAGCCUUAUAUGUCUGUAUGAUGAUUUUUUUUUUUUAAAUUUUGUAUUUGACCUUGUACAUGUAUGUGCCAUUAGUUCAAUGUGUAGAAUUUAUUAAUCUAUAUGUAAUUUUUCCCCUCCUCUUCCAAAGGAGUAACAGUAUUUUUUUUGAUAGACUAACUAAUAUUUGCUGCAUUUUGCCCCACCUCUUCUUUCUUUGCGGAUUUUAGGAACAGCAAACGUGCUUGUGCUUAGCUUAUCUCUGAAGCCCUUGCUGUAAAAGUCAGUUUAACACAAUUCAAAGCUGCAACUUGCUAUUUCUGAAAAAAAGAAGGGAGCGAGUGAGAGAACAAAACAUCAGUUCCUGUCACAAGCUAUUUUUUUAAAAUCAGCUAAAUAUUACAGAAGUGACAGAUUUAUUUUUAUAACAUUUAUUACCGGAUUGAGUGAACCCUGUGUACAAAGAUAUAAGCACAAACCAGGGUGGAGCUCGGAUGUCAGGGGGAUUUUGGCAAAGACGGUGAUGCGUAGUCGAGUUCCUGACAGAGGCAUUCAAGCAGUGCAGCAUUUGUAUCUCGUCGUCAGUUGUACUCGAGGUAAAGAGGAAGCUUCAAAAAGGCGAAAGAUUUUUUUUUUCCAGGCCAAUCUCUCAGAUGUGCUUCUGCGCCCUUUUAAAAAGAGGCCUCUCACCCACUGAGAACUUUUAGCCAAUAUCCAAGUAUACUUAAGGGAGAAAAAAAAAAACCCAACAACAAAAAACCUCAAGCGGCUCCACUUUUAGUCACCUGCGAUAGUUCAGAGUCCAUUGGAAGAGAGGAAAAACAAAACAAAACUGUGUUGUGCUGAAGGGAAAGUUUUUGAUUUCCAGUUUGAUACCCUCUCUAUAAUCAUGUAUCCUGACUUCCUUUGAUUUAAAAAAAAAAAAAGUCCUUUAUCUCCAUUGCACCUACUAGGGAUGCACUUAUCUUAUUUCUCCCAACAUGCGUAGGUGUCUAAGCUAUUAAAAAGAAAUUAUUAAAAUAUCACUGAUGUAAGGACGAAAAAAAAAAUUACGAUCCGACUUAAGGAAAGAAAGACGUUACUUUCUUGAAGAGAAAAAUAUGCUGUCUGUCAAAAGAGACAUCAAAUUGUAGUUGCAUUUAUUUUAGCUUAAUGUAAGUCUUGCAUUCCAAGCUCUUUAUGUAUCUUGUUUAGCAACAUAGUCCUCUUAUCUUUAGUAUUUGUUUAUUACUGCCACCCCGGGAAAGGGAAAAAAAAAAAAAAAGGCGAAAGAACAAAAAUGGGACAUUUUCAUUUCAUCCUUACACUAUUUUAUAUAGCAUGGGAUUUAUCAGCUACAGGGAGAAUUGUAUUAAAAAAAAAAAAAGUAUAUGACAACCAGUCCACUUUGUAUCACCUACAAUCAGUUGCUGCAAUGUAAAGAGACAGAUAUGUAUAUUGGUUGAUCCAAAGAGAUGACAUUACAACGAAACCUAUUUACUUAUUGUACAGAGCAUUGUACCUUUUGACUUGUAAUGUAUGAUGUUAAAAUCAUUAAAAAGACAAACCCACGGUUUUA